UGGACUUCCUCGCUAACCUUAGUAGAGUGUAGACGUCUCACGCUCGCCUGAUCAUCGGUAACAAAUUUCCUCAUUUUUCCCUGGGACGUUUGUCUUUGUCUAGAUCUGUCAUCUGGAGACAUUUAACAACGGGGGCACCAUUCAUCGGUUCCCGUCUGUUUACGGAAAUUUUACGGUUUUAAUGGGAAGCCGGUUACUGAAUUCAGGGGAGAGUGUAGGUGUCCUGCUCUGCUUGGGCUUAGGCAAGAGAAUCCACCCGAAGUAAUUGGGAACUUGUUUGUUCCUACUUCUAUUUGUAAAGGGAACUACUGUUCCCUUUUCUUUCCUCGCUCAGUUUUGGGCAAUACUUUCUGCCCAUCGGGAAGCAGGUCUCGGUACAGCGAGAACUAUCAGUGGCUCUUAUAAACCGCAACAAGAUGACCUUUUUAUUUGUGUAUUUGCAAGUAUGUUUUUUAAUGUCAUUUUCAACUGGAAUGACAGAAAAAGAGAGAAUUAAAUUAAGGGAAGAAGUUCGUGGGAUGUUUUAUCAUGCUUAUGAAGGUUACAUCAAGUAUGCCUAUCCCUAUGAUGAAUUACGACCACUGUCAUGUGAUGGUCAUGACACUUGGGGCAGUUACUCCCUGACAUUAAUUGAUGCCCUAGACACAUUGGGUGUCAUGGAAAAUAAAACUGAAUUUCAGCGAGUGGUGGAGCUGAUUAUAGAGAAGGCAAAUUUUGAUGUAAACAUCAAUGUUUCUGUAUUUGAAACAAGCAUAAGAAUACUUGGUGGUCUUCUAAGUGGGCACCUCAUGUCUAAGAAAAUGGGUGUUGAUGUAGAGGAUGGGUGGCCCUGUGCAGGACCACUUCUGAGGAUAUCAAAGGAUGUGGCUGAUAAACUUCUUCCUGCUUUUGAUACACCAACAGGAAUGCCAUAUGGCACAGUGAAUCUGAGAGAUGGUGUGCCAGAGGGUGAGACACCUAUCACCUGUACAGCUGGUGUAGGCACAUAUAUUAUAGAAUUUGGCACACUUUCCAGACUUACGGGUGAUCCAGUGUAUGAGGAGGUGGCUAUGCGUGCUCUGCAUGGUAUUUGGGAUCACCGUUCUUCAAUUAACCUUGUUGGCAAUCACAUUGAUGUUUUAACAGGAAGAUGGGCAGCUCAGGAUUCUGGAAUAGGUGCUGGUAUUGACUCCUAUUUUGAAUAUCUUGUAAAAGGAGCAGCUCUUCUGCAGAAACCUGAGUUAAUGGCCAUCUUUAUUGAGGCUAGAACUGCCAUAGAUAAAUACCUCCACCAUGAAGACUGGUACUUGUGGGCUACAAUGACUAAAGGAUAUGUAACAAUGGCAGUUUUUCAGUCCCUUGAAGCCUAUUGGCCUGGUGUGCUUGCUCUAUUAGGUGAUAUUAAUUCUGCACAGAAGAUAAUAUUCAAUUACCAUCAAGUAUGGAAACAAUUUGGAUUUACUCCAGAAUUUUAUAACAUUCCACAGGCUGAAGCUCCAGUCAAUCGUGAAGGUUAUCCAUUGCGACCAGAGCUUAUAGAAUCUCUAAUGUAUCUAUAUCAGGCUACCAAGGAUGAUACAUUUCUUGAGAUGGGUGCUGAUAUUCUGACAAGUAUACAACAUACUGCUAAAACUGAGUGUGGUUAUGCUACAGUUAAAAAUGUGAAUGACCACACCCUAGAAAACAGGAUGGAAAGUUUUUUCUUGGCAGAAACAACCAAGUACCUGUUCCUACUUUUUGACUCGGAGAACUGGAUGCAUAACAUGGGAGCGACAGGACAAGUUCAUAAAGUUGGCACUAGGGAUUGUGUCAUUGAAGCUGGUGGAUACAUCUAUAAUUCUGAAGCUCAUCCUGUAGAUCCAGGUGCUUUAGCAUGCUGUUAUAUGAAAGAUGAUGACUGGUCAUUGUCUAUUUCUGAUCAAGUAAACCUUAUUUUGGAUCCUACAGCACCAUGGAGGGAAAAUAAAAAAAAUAAAAUUAAAAAAGAAAAGUCAGUCCAACCUGGAGAGGACUGUGGUGAAGGAGAAAGUCAGCUUCCUUUGCAAGAUAAACAGAGUAAAAUUAUUACAAAUGAGGAUUUUAAAGAUGAUAGCAUUACUACAUUAAAGGAGCACAAAAAUAUUCUCACAAUUCAUCAGCCUCUUAGUAAUAUUAUUGGAAAUAAGGCUCAUAGCCACAGGGUGGUCUCAGAUGAUGAUGUUGAAAAGUUAAGUCUAGGAUCAGAAAGAGUCAAUACUUUCACGAAAGAAAAUGACAGAAAUCCAAGCAAAAUCAUAGACUAUACAGCCAAUACAGUAGAGAACAACAAGGAUGUUACUUUAGGUAGUUCUUUAAGCAGUAUGAUUGAAGGUAAUGAUAGCAAUGAUGAAACUAAAAUGAAAGUAAUUAAUGAAGAUUAUGAGGUAAAACAGAAAGAUUCUCAAAAAGAAAUAAGGAUAGAAAAUGAUGGAAGCUCUAAGCUAAUAAAAAAAGAUGAACCUCGAUUUUCAUCUCUGAGUGAAACUGCUGAAAGAGGACUAGAUGGUAACACAUCUGGCUUGGAAGCUGCCAGUAUAACUCCCAGUGUAUCUAGUUCAAAAUACAGUACAAGUUCUGGUGCAUCCAACAUUAUUGCAGAACCUAAAGAUGCCAAGAUAACAAAACCUGUAAAGAAAGAAUUUGUAUUGUUAGACCUAAAGGAGAGGUUAACUAUUGACCUUGCAAAUUAUAAGAAUUUCACAUUAGCCUCUAGUUACUUACUACUUUCAUGUGCUCACCCACCUUUUACUCAUUUGUUAAAUUUUAAAGGUCAGAUUGUUAAUCCAUAGUGUCUGUUACAGUAUUGUUGUUAUUUUCAUAUUUGUUAUAAUCAGUAUUUAAUGAAUGUAUUAGUGUGCAUGUGGGUUUUUGGGUAAAAUAAUUUAGUUAUAAUUAAUAAAGAUUAAAUUGUUA